UCGCAAUGUCCUGCUAAGCCAUUCUGAAAAAGAUAUUCCCAGACACACUUUCAACAAUGGACCGAGGUCUGACAGUCUUCAUCCUUCUAGGUCUGGGUGUAGCUGCUCAGACUGCAACAACCACGACUCAGCACCGAAUGAAUGUGUACACCCAGGUCUGUGUAGCCCCGUCCCAGCUGGAAACUACCCAGAUUGUGUCCCAUCCGCUGAUCUUUACCAGAGAUGUCCCACUUCGGCUUGCCAUUACAGCCGAGAAGAAUGAAACUAGGUGCACAGAGCUUUCCAUCAACCCUUGUCCUGAUCCAGAGCUGCUGGUCACAGUGUUCACAAACACAAGCUACAAUGAUAAGACAUACACCUAUUCUAAGACAGUCACUGGCGGACUUAGACUAGAAUUUCUUAUUGGCGACAGAAUUGCUAUUUUCUACCAAAACCAGACGGCAGGAGAAGGCCAGGCUUUACUAUAUUUAGAUUACUAUUAUGCUGACUCUAACGAACAAGAAUCUCUAAGUAAAAGGGGAAACACUUCAAAUGUUACCCUUCGGCUCAUAGCUGCCAAAACUGUUACGUUGCCUAAUGGAGGAGGAGAGACUGGUGGGCAUUCUGGAUCCGGGAAUGUACAACCUGCACUGUAUCACAGAGUACUCUUGGGAAUAAUCACACUGAUGCUGCUUCCAUUAUUUCUUCUUAGCUGAUUGCCCAGUGGCCCCUUAAUAUCACUAGAAUAUAUAAUAUCUUUAGCAAAAGCAGACGCAUCAAAGACUCCAGCUGCCACAUAUAGCAAUGCAAACAUAUUCCAAUUUCUUACAGUCAAAUAACAAACUAUGUUCCUACAAAUGUUUUGUAUGUCUGAAACUUUUGUUGCAUAGUACACAUAUUUUGUUUUGUUCUUUUCUAAAACAGGAAAUGAUAUUUGAAAACUGCAAUUGCUUAAUCAAAUGUAUACAUUAUUCCCUUCAUUUUUUUAAAAAAACAGCAAAAUGUCAAUGACUUUGUAAGUUUUCUAGAUUAAAAAAUAAUAAAAUAAAUCGAAGGUAA